AUGUUGCUUCCAGCUGGUGGGGCUGGGAUGAAUUCAGCUAUGGAUGAUAUAAACUUGAUCCAGCAGGCCCAAAGACACAGUCUUGUGGUAAGGGAGCUGGGUGAAGAGAUUGACUUGGAAAUAGGAGCCGGAGAUGAUGACCCUGCGUUUGCUGCUAAUUCUCUUAUUAGUGAUCCAACUCGGGAAUCCUCAGCUGAAGAGCGUGAGGACAAUAAGCAGCAGCUAAUGGUUUCUCAAACUGCCAGUGAGGAUCAAGACCUGGCAAAAUCGCAACAAUCAAAGAGGAAAAAGAAGGUUGUUAAGAGGUGGAGAGAGGAAUGGGCCGAUACGUAUAAGUGGGCAUACGUUGAUGUGAAAGAGGGGACAGCCAGAAUAUUCUGCUCUGUUUGCAGAGAGUUUGGUCGAAAGCACAGAAGGAAUCCUUAUGGAAAUGAAGGUAGCAGAAAUAUGCAGAUGAGUGCAUUAGAGGAGCAUAAUAACAGUUUGCUCCACAAAGAGGCUCUUCGUCUCCAGAUGGCCUCCAAAGAUAAGAUCAUUGUUGACAAACCAAUUUAUGUUAAAGCCCUAAUGUCGAAAACAGCUGGAUCAAUUGUUGAAGCUGCCUUGAAAAGGGAUCCUCAUGAACCUGAAUUUAUACAGUCUCUUCAAGAAGUGGUCCAUGCUUUAGAAAGAGUGAUCUCGAAAAAUUCCAACUAUGCCAGCACCAUGGAGCGGUUAUUAGAACCUGAGCGUACAAUCAUUUUUCGAGUUCCUUGGAUUGAUGAUAGGGGUGAUACACAUAUCAACCGUGGAUUUCGGGUUCAGUUUAACCAGACUAUGGGUCCAUGUAGGGGUGGACUUCGUUUUCAUCCUAAAAUGAACUUGAGCAUUGCCAAGUUCCUAAGCUUUGAGCAGACUUUGAAGAAUGCAUUGUGUCCAUACCGUCUAGGGGGUUCAUCUGGUGGAUCUGAUUUUGAUCCCAGCGGGAAAAGUGAGAAUGAGGUAUUGCCUUCCUCAUCCAAUGUCACUUGUGAUUAG